ACGAAAUGCUGCGCGAAAUCUACGUGCUUAACUAAGUUAUUAGCGGCGUCUACGAGGCUGAAAAAUAUCUUUGGAGAAUAUAAAAGAGAAACGAAGGGAAAUUAUACGUAGAGCACGGAACUAUAAAUAGCAUCGGAUUAAAAACGGCAAAACCAGAAAAAAUAAAACCAAGCGCGAACGUAUCGUAUCGAUUAAAAAUUUCGAUAAAAGUUUGAGGCAACGUUCUUUCAAAAUCUUCGGACGCGAAAAACACAAGUAUUCUUUGGCUCGACUAAAAUAUCCAAAAUAUACGGUGUUUCAACGUUUUCUAUCCUUUUUCCUCUUUUUUCCUCCGUUUCCUUUUUUCUUUCCCUUUCAGACUGUUCUUAGAACUUUAACCUUGAUCUAUAAUAGAUAGCUGAAUAUCAAAGAGACAAAUUUUCUUCGCGUCGUCCAAACUACAUACACGUAUACGCGUGUACGUAAACGUAUGUUACGUAAAUGAUGGAAAAGGACACGUUUCGCUCGUUAUCCCAGGUUGUGUUUAUCCGCGGCGGCCGAUCUGUCCCGCCGUCGAUAAAACCCCUUAACAGUGGCGGCCGAUGGCAGUCCGACGCCGGCCGUCGUUGCGAACGGAUAUGUCGAGGCUCGUCACACUUCCGCUUCAUCGGGACCGCGUACACGAUUCCAAGAAUCUCGAGGAUCUUGUCGCGAAUCGAUCGGUCAUCGCUCGACUAUUUCCUGUUCUAUUACGAACCGAUGAUACUUGAUUUAACGGUCGAUGAAAUCCCAAAGGUGAAAACAAGUUUGCGUCUCUUUUUCUUUUUUCCCGUGUUCCUUUCGGUACAGGGAAUCGCGUCUAUCGUCUAUCUAUUCUUUGAUUAAAGAGAAUCUAAAGAGAACCUAUUACGAAUAUUAGAAAUUAUCGAAGAAUUUAAAGUGCCGGUUUAAAUAGAAAACAGUGUCUAUUAGAAUGUCGUACAAAGUAUGUAUCAAGCGCAACGUUGCAAACGAUUCUUCGAGGAUUUAAAGAGUGAAUUUCUGUGAAUUACUGGCAAGUUGUUUCAAGUGCAAUCGUUUAUAGGACACUUGUGCGUGACCGGACGAUGAGAAGCGUUUCACCUGUGAUCAUGAUCCUCGAGGUUGCUUCGUCGUCGAGUGGGAUACUCGUGAAUCGCGAAAGACAAACGGUAUCAAGCGAGAAUCAGGUACUUGAACGGUCGUUUUCACCGAUAGAGAAGAAGUGGUGAUAUUAGCCUGGCUGGAUUCACCGGCUAAUUAGCGGUGUAAUUUCGAUUUUUCGUCGAGUCGACGAGAAUCGCCAGGGAAACUACGAGUCUCAUCGAGGUUCUUGCAGUUUCCGAUUCCACAAAGCACAUGCCAAGAAUACGGUUCUCCGGUGGGGCAGCCCAACAAGGUCUAUCAACUUGCUGGAAAAAAUAAUGCGAGCGAAGCGCAUCAAGGAGGAGACGCGCUUCAGAUUGCUGAGGUACACGCUCCGUGCCAAGUGUCGCAAGAUCAUUUAGUCGGUCCUCGUCAAUCUUCUCAGAGGCAGAUUUCCACUUCUUGUAGAACGAAAAUCAAUCGAUCUUGGUCGAUCAUCCGCAGUGGCUGUGAUUUGUCUUCGUAAUAACGAUUAUAUUCGAACGUCGCGAUAAAAAUAACGAAAUCGCUGCGUAUGUGCACACGUGCUGCGUGUUUCGACGCGUGUACCUAUCAAAUAAUAUACUCGUAUGUGUAGUGAUCGAGAGACCGAAAACCGAGGCUGGGGACACGGAAAAAUAUGCUCGUAAUUGUAAGCUCCGCGGCUAUCGAUCGUUCCGCGGGGAACGUCGCCCAAUAGGAGUCGUUCUUCGGUACUCGGCUUCGAGAAACACCUGGCUGUGCCCGAUGCUGAAUUUUUGGUUUCGUCGAAACACCGCGAUUCGAAGAAACGAUUUCGGUUGUAUCGAAAUAGCCAGGAUUCGUCGUCGAAUCAUAAGUACUUUGGUGCUAUUCCAACUGACGUAGAUAAAACACGCUAUCGAAUAACUGAUACGCAAGAGAAAACAAAUUUGGAAUAUCGUGAAAAAGUUAUGAAGUUUAUAAAAGAAAGUACUAAAGUAGAGCACUGAAUUUUCGACUAAAUUGCAUUCGUUGAAAAAUAUAAAGUAAAUUGCAAAGUCUAAUAGAGAGUCGAAUAAAAGAGACGAUCGAUGUUACGAAAAAUAGAAUAACGAAUAGCUCUGAGUUUUGAGCUGAAUGGAAUUUAGACUGAAUUAGAUCCGUCGAAGAAUAUAGUAAAAUAUGAUUCUUAUUAGAGGAUUACUGUUACAAAAGAAAAUUUUAUAUAAAAUUGUUUGAAAAUCGUAAAGGUUGAACGGGAUUGAAAAAUCCGUAUUGAAUUAACUAUUUUAAUUUGAACAAAAGAUCCGAGUAAUUUAUAUCUGCAAAUAAAAAUUCGAAGACUAUAUACUAUGGUAGCUGGAAAGGAAGUUUGCAGACGAAACUACAAAGAGAAUCGUUAAAUUCGUUAAGCCCUCCAAGUUCGAAACAAAAGAAGAAAAUUUCUCGAAUAGUUAGUUAGUGUACCUCGUAUAAAAGGACGAACGUUAAAGCUUCAAACCGUGAAGAAGAAAAUCCUGAAACUGUUGAAAGAUUCUCGUAUAAAGAGUAACAGUAAAAUUUCUUGAUCUGUUGAAAUGUCUGUAUAGAAUGAGAUCGAAAUACAGAAAGAGGAAAAUCAAAGAACGUCGAUAAUAGCAAAGAACAUAAUUUUUCAAAGUUCGAAUAUUUGAUUUUUAAAAGAAAACGAGAAGAAAAUGGUAAUAAAGAAUCGGAUGUGAAAAUAUACUCAAGAAUUUUUCGAUUUAUUACAAGAUUUCUGGAUCUAGAAAAUUAUGAGGUUAAAAUCACACAACGGAAAGAUGUUAUCGAAAGUUUUCGACAAGUUUGGAAAACAUAUCACGCGAGAAAUAAUAAUUUGAAGAAGACUGGAUUCGUUGAAAAAAACCAGAUACUUGGAAUUUCUCCACAGAAAGAAGCAGACGUUUAGAAGACAGAGUUGGAGGAAGCUGAGAAAUUCUUCGUAGCAGAGCCGUAGGAAACCGCGAAAUCACUAGAAAGAUCUGCGGAAAAAGCACCAACGUCUGACUGAUUCAUCGUCACUGUUGCCAAAAUACAUCGUGUUGGCAAUGAAAUAAUAUCUGGAAGCACGGUGGAUCCUCCGUCCAUGGUCCUCCGUCGCGGCUAGAAAGGCGUUCGAUACUCUCGUGAGAUGUAAGGAUAAAAAAGACAGGGUGGAAAAUCUUGGAAAACAGUCGAUUUUCUAACCUUUCCCCCUUCGCCACGCGUUUUCCUUUAACGAAAAGUAUUUCGGUACGGAUAUUUACAAACUUAUAAUAAAGUAGAUGGACUUGAGGAAAGUUUCUAAGAAGCAAUACAGAGAACACGAGACUUUUUUAUUUCGAGGAAAUAGUUUCUGCAUCUUGAAAGGGCUUAGAGGAUGAGUCGGGGCACGUGAGACGCAAGUAAUUAUUCCUAUUAAUAAUGAAAGUUACGAAGAAAUCGGGAAAAUUGCUGGUGAAAAUGAAUUUGAAUAAAGAUUCGGAAGAAUAUUAAAAAAUUACAGACUAGUAUGGAAGCGCAGAAACAGAAAUUAACGUCAAAAACGGUUGAUCCCAGUAGUUUAGGGAAUUUACGCGAUUGCAUCAAUUAAAAAUUAUGCGAAAAAUUAUGAACACACAUACGUAUGCUAUACGUAAGUAUAGGGCGAGAUACAUUACCUUUAGUCAAAAUUCCAUAAAUAUAAAACCUGUCUCGUUAUCAAAAUUCUACUAAAAUCACUCGGAUCUUCUUUAUCAUAAACAAACUUUAAUACAUCGACAACAGUAUAAAGGGAUCAUAGAAUUGAUGCUGAAAGGUUGCGAAACCAACAAAAGCAUUACGAAAAAUCGUACAAGUAUCGCACAAUUGCUCUUUAUCGUGAAUCAACUUUAGUAGGCCGAAAAACCCAAAAGAGAAGGAAAAGUAGAAGGAAAUCGGGUGGAAUAAAGGGUGAAGAAGCUGGUAGUAAAAGGUGGGAGUGGAAAUGGGCGAAACACGAGAGUAGAACGAGCAGCGUCAGCGUGCCGGUGCGAUUUUCUCGAUGCAAUAGAAUCGGGACACGUCGGUGACGGUGAACCGAAAUUUCCUGAGUGAACGCGAGACGGAGGACCGCCAUCCUCGACGAACGGGCAACCGUCUCUCUGCCGACUAAAGGAUAGAAAAGGAAGGAAGAGAAAGUUGAAACGACGCGACGGCGGAUACGUUUAAUGAAAUCGAAGUAAAAUCUUGUUAAAAUCGUUGAAGGCGUGGAAAAAGUCGAAGUGGAAGAGAGGCUCGAGCUGGAAUUAGCAACCGAAGGUGUGUGACAAACUCUCAGGGCCGGAACAACCGCUGAGAUAAUUGAAGUCGCCCUAGAAGGAAGAUGUCUAUUAGAGGGUGGUCACGAAUAGAACUUGAAUCGAUCAAACUUUCUACCCCUUUUUUGUCUCGAAAAUUCCUCUAGAAAAUUUAUUUCGUAUAAUCGCAGACACUUUCAACACGUUAGGCUACAGAGUUAAGUCGCGGAUGAUAAUUCGUUCGUGCUAGAAAUCGGUGAAACUUGACGUUUCCACUUUCAGUUCUUCGGCAAUCUCCGGUACUCGUGUUAAACUCGAAUACAAAUGGUUGUCGUGCGUUUAGUGAUAAAACGAAUAAAGUUCUACAGGGUGAUUCUAAAUAAAAUAAAACAAACGGAUAGAUAUCGUAUAGACAAUUUCAAGCUGUAAAAAAUAUUGUAAAAAAGUCUGUUCUAAAACCCUGUGGUUAGUGACAGCGGAAUAAAAGUGUGUGAUAAAAGAAUAACAAAUAUCGGUGAUUGUGCAUUAAUCCGUUAAAAAAGCGAUCGGACUGCGUACGACUCUUUGAAAUAAAAUAAAAUACAAGAAAGAUAGGUAUCGAAUAAAGUCAUUCAGGAAGGAAUAUUAAAUAUGUCGAUCUUAAAAAAUCGUACAUUUCGCGCAUUAGAUCGAUAGAUAGUUGAACUUGACUUUCGGUGGUGAAUUCCUUUCUCGAUCAAAGAUAAGAGGAUAACGCAAACUGUCGAAGCGUUCCGGUGCUUGGAAUGCUGUGAUUUAAAGGCAGUUGAAUGGUUUCUGUGUUUAAAUAAGAACGUUUAUACGGCACGGAGAGGAGCGUGGCUUGAUCGAGGGACUGUUCAGAGGCGGUGAAGGGGUUCUAUUAACGGAAUUGCCCGAGUACAAGAAGUAAUUAGAUCGACCGAUUGGAGCUAACCCUGCAGGCGACGACAGGAUGAUCCGUUUAGCAAACUGCGAGUAGAAUAAAGGGAAUGCAGGCGAAAUUAGCUGGCUGACGAAUGAAAAGAGACGAAACAAUACGGGAAAUCAGCCGCUGAAGAAGAACAAGAACGAACGAAGGAGAAGUAAGAAGAGUGGAAAGACGGUGUUUGUCGAAUUGGCGGUGAAUGGUAAAUCUCGAAGACGCUGAUAGAUUUCACUGUUCUUUCUUGAGCCGAGUUGUCGGGGCAAGAGAUUGGAAGAGAAAACGUUAGUGAAAAGCGACUUUGACGAUAGUUUCGUAAUCGAAGUAGGAAAGUGAGAAUAUAAAUAUAUGGAUAUUGGUGGCGAGAAACGACGAAGCAAAGCAUGAAAUGAUAUUAGAAGAAUUUAUUAGUCAACUGCCGAAGAAGAGAGAUAAUUUCUACUUUUGACAAUUAUACUUUCCUAACACGGUCAUGCGUAUGCGAUCAAUCAAGCGUUGAUUAUCGAGUGAAUGCCAAGUGAAAUAAUUACAUAUCGGACGAGCGAAGGAAUCUGUAGAGCUGGAAAGGAAGGAUGUAGAAAAAGGAAAGAUGAAUGCUUGUUCAUCUUCGACCAGCUGAUUAAGAUCCAUUAUAUCCGGUUCAGAAAAUAAGAAAUUCCUCAAAACGUUUAGGUUGUUCGAACAUGUCUGACAGAAGUAAAGAAUUCACCGAUUAAAGUCGAAAUACUAUAAACGAAGAAACGAAGCGUGGUAUAUUUUUCAAAAAAGUUCAAAGAAUCCGUCUUCAAGUUCGUAACAUCCAAAAACGAAUGCCCGAUUAAGACUAAGCGUUGGUGAAACCGAAAAAGGAGAAGCAUUACUACAAAUUCUCCGUAACGUUUAAACAAUCGAAAGAAUUGAAAAAAGAGACAUAACUGAAUUUACCGCUCUGUCGUUUCAGCUUGCAAUAACGCUCCGCGACACGCAAAAGCCUCGUAAACGUUGGUGAAAUCGAACAGAAAAGAGCAAAAGUUAAAAGAGACGAAGGAAGCGAAAGGGAACGCGAAGACCGAUAUCGGUUGAAAACGACCGAUGAUCAGCCGUUGAUCGAUCGAUCGUUAAUCGGUUCGCGUCGUUAUGGAGGUGCAAGCGAUCGCGCCACGUUUUCCCAGUAGAGUCGAUCGAGGGUCUGGAUUCGGGGGUUUGUUCAGCCGAAAGUGGUGCUCGGUAGUUGGAGACGCGGCGCGACAGCUUGCCAACUAAAAUGCGAGAGCUGAACGCGACCGCAUGUGCUGCCCUGUACGAGCGCGUCGAGUGGUCCGGCCCGUGGAUUCUGGUUACUCUGAUCGUGCUCGCGAUCGUCAACGUGAUGGUGGUCCUGGGUAACGUGCUGGUGAUACUGGCUGUUUAUCAUACCAGCAAACUGCGAAACGUCACGAAUAUGUUCAUCGUCAGCCUCGCGGUAGCGGAUCUCAUGGUCGGUUUGGCUGUGCUUCCGUUCAGCGCUACAUGGGAAGUUUUUAAGGUGUGGAUAUUCGGUGAUCUAUGGUGCUCGAUCUGGCUGGCGGUGGACGUAUGGAUGUGCACGGCAUCGAUAUUGAAUUUGUGCGCCAUCAGCCUGGAUAGAUACUUAGCAGUGACCAGGCCAGUGAGUUAUCCUCAGAUCAUGUCACCGAGAAGGGCAAGACUGUUAGUGGCAACCGUGUGGAUCUUGAGCUUCGUUAUCUGUUUCCCACCCCUGGUCGGCUGGAAAGACAAACGGUCUCACCCCACGUACAACGCGACGUUCGCUCAGAACGGACCGUUCAACACCACCACUAUACUCAUCCCGGUGAAACCGUGUCCCUGGAUCUGUGAACUGACAAACGACGCAGGCUACGUCGUUUACAGCGCGCUCGGCUCUUUCUAUAUACCAAUGCUGGUCAUGCUGUUUUUCUACUGGAGGAUCUACAACGCAGCCGUCUCCACCACGAAAGCCAUUAAUCAAGGCUUUCGUACGACAAAGGGCUCGAAAAUGCUUGGCUCUAGAUUCGACGAGCAAAGGUUGACCUUGAGGAUUCACCGUGGUCGAGGUAGUGUCCACAACGGGAGUAACAACGGGAGCCCGAGGAGUCCGGAGUCGAAUAGCCGUAGCUCGGUGAAAAGGGAAAAGAUAAAGAUCUCGGUGUCGUAUCCGAGCACGGAAACGUUGAAUACAAAGUGUAACACUCUCGAGAGGACGCCCUCGAGAUGUUCUCAGACCUCCGUGCACUAUAGUAACGGGCAAACGCACAGUCAACUGUGUCCCUCCCCCAGGAACACGCAUCUCAAGGUGAGCGGUAUCAACAGGGUUGGCAGCGCCAGGAGACCCAGCAGGCGGAGUAGCUGCGAGAGUCAAACGGGGGAUGAGAUGUCGUUGCGAGAGCUCAGCCAGGGUCCCGAGGAGAAGCCCAGGGCGAUGAAGAUGGGAAAGAGGAAUAUCAAAGCUCAGGUGAAAAGAUUCCGGAUGGAAACGAAGGCAGCCAAGACACUGGGCAUCAUCGUCGGCGGAUUCAUCCUCUGCUGGCUUCCCUUCUUCACGAUGUAUCUGGUGCGCGCCUUCUGUCCCAAUUGUAUUCACCCCACGGUGUUUAGCGUGUUAUUUUGGCUGGGCUACUGCAAUUCCGCGAUAAAUCCAUGUAUCUACGCGCUUUUUAGCAAAGACUUCCGAUUCGCGUUCAAGAGAAUUAUUUGCAAAUGCUUCUGCAAGCGGCGGGCGAAUACUUUGAGACGUGGCAGCGAUGGCAGCCAAUUAGCCACGAGGAACGACCGGAGUCCCAGCUACUCGAUGCACGUGCCUCAACAAGGUGUAUCCAUCGACGAUUCGGACCAAGAUCCCAGCUCGGAACCGACGGUGCACUCGCACAGCGAAUCAAGAUGACUGUAGCGUGCCAGGUGUGGCGCUCAGCGCGUCACCUUCGACCCGACGACCUCGAAAGUAAGGAUCCAGUCGUUCUAAAUUCGAAAGAAUCUCAACGAUCCUCGUCGACCAUCCGAAUCAUCCGCACAACGAUCCGUGCCGCGGAAUCGAGCACGUUCGAUCGUUUAUCCAGAAACCAGUGUGUUCGCGAGUAAUAUAUAUAUAUAUAUAAUAUAAUAUAAUAUAUAUAAUAUAUAAUAAUAUAUAUAUAUAUAUAUAUAUAUAUAUAUAUAUAUAUAUAUAUAUAUAUAUAUAUAUACUAGUAGUAGUUAGUAUUCGCGACAAACGGUCGAGCUUCUUCGGUGUCUUACUUCGUUCCGUCAGCGAAUGAAAUACAAAGAGACGUUUCUUAGGAGAUAAAAAUUCGCUCAAGCUAGUCGUAAAUCGAGACUGAAAACGAUAAAAUUAACAAAGAAAGAACAAAUGGACCGACGAAGGAUUCGCUGCCUAGAGAUGGCAAACUGUUCAUUGUUUUCGUUGGAAUAGUUAAAUAGGAAUUGUGGCGAAGGUCGGAGCGCGAAGAAGAGGAAGAACGACGAGCGCAAGGGAAGCAACGAGGGAGAAUCCAGUGUACCAUAAACGGAUAUUAAAAACGCAAGUUUCGUUAUCUUUCAAAGUCAACAGCGUCUAUUGGCUAUCGAAGCUGCCUUUGGCUAUCGAGGCUCUCGGCUAACCGUCGCGUCAUCGUUGUCACCGUAUUAUUUCCGUAGAUUUUUCACCGUUUCUCGUUGGUUAUACGCAAUGAUGGCGUUUAACGAUCGCCUUCACUGAACACGCGACAUUCAAUGCGUUGCAUUCGAAUCUUGCUUCAAAAAUCAUCGAUCGUUAACGAGAUCAUUUUUCAGUCUGUGAAACAAGAUGGUGAACGGAUUUGAAAGAAUUUUGUUUGAACAUCCUGUAGCAAGCGUAAUCGAGAUACGCACGUAUGCGCUGUAAAACAUAAAGUAUGUAAGUGUAAGUGUUGUUACGACAAUGCCAUUUCAAAAGAACGAAGGUAACUCGCGUUGGAAUAUUUUGUAUGGACAGUUUCGAUUCUUUCUCGAACGUAUUACGAUUGUUCGAGAGGGGACAGAGGAACGUACGAAAUCGGCGAGAUUCGUCGUAUUAUGUGAUAUACGUCUACGAUACGUAAGGAAACGAACCGCACGAAAGAAUAAAUAUGCGAAUAAAAUUCAC